AUGAUGGCCCUCAGGCUCCAUGAACGGUGGGCGGUCGUGCGACAGGCCUGCUCCAGCUGGAAGGCCUUCAAGGAGUUUGCCGAGGUCAAAACCACCGAGCUGGAAGAGCACAGCCAUCCCGGACGCGACAGCCGCUGGUCCAACGAGGACCUGGACCCGACGCCGCCGUCAAAGCGCACCUGGACUUGGGUCAACUAUGUCAACUUCUUCGUCGGCCUGUCCUUUGGCAACUGGACCCUCGGCAGCACCAUGACCGGCAUCGGGCUCAGCUGGUGGGAGGCCAUCGUCAUCAUCUUUGCUUCGCAGCUCAUCUCCAGUCUGGCCAUGUUCUUCAACUCGCGAUGUGCCAGCGCCUAUCACAUUGGGUACCCCGUGGUCGCUCGCAGCGUUUUUGGCAUGUGGGGAGCCUUUUACGUGGUUGCUGCCCGGGCUAUGCUGGCCAUCCUUUGGUAUGGAAUCCAAUUGUACUCCGGAGCCAGCUUCUUGGCCAUCAUACUCCGGUGCAUCUUCGGCGGCGGCUACACAGACAUUCCGAACCAUAUCCCGGCCAGUAUGGGCAUCACCAGUGCCGGGAUGCUAUCAUUCUUCCUCUUCUGGCUGAUCCACCUGACCGUCACACCGUUCCGGCCAUAUCAACUCCGCGCCUUCUUCUGGAUCAAGGUGGUUGUCAUGAUGCCGGCCGUCUUCGGCCUCUUCAUCUUUUGCAUGGCAAACACCAAAGGAAACUUGUCUUCCAUCAUUCCGGCCUCGUACAAGGGCAGCAGGGCCUGGUUCAUCAUCUAUGCGAUCAACGCGGGAAUGGGCAACACGGCUACCCUGAUCACGAACCAGCCUGAUAUUGCAAGAUGGGCCAAGACAAAGACCUCGCCCAUGUGGUCACAGCUAAUUGUCCAACCAUUGGCUGUCACUCUCUCAGCAUCACUCGGAAUCCUGUCCACGGCCGCCAUCAACAACAGUUGGGGCCUCGAGCUCUGGAACCCGUGGGAUCUUCUGUCAGCCAUUCUCGACCGCUAUUGGAAGUCGAGCACGCGUGCUGCCGUCUUCUUUUCGGCCGUCACCUGGUCUGUCAGUAUUCUCGGCACUAACAUCGCAGCAAACAUGAUCCCCUUUGGCUCCGACUGCACCAUGCUUUUCCCGAAAUACAUGACCAUCCCGAGAGGGCAACUGCUCGUCGAGUGUCUCGCAUUCGCCAUCUGCCCAUGGAAGAUUCUUGCCUCCGCCAGCGUCUUCACCACUUUCCUGUCCGGCUAUGGGCUUUUUAUGGCGAGUGUGGCAGCCAUCAUGGUCUGUGAAUAUUGGCUCCUGACAAACGGCAAUGUAUAUGUUGGGAACCUGUAUGAUCCUGGCAAGAGCAACGUACACUACUACUACAACAAAGGCUGGAACAUCCAAGCAUACUUUGCUUAUAUUGUCGGAAUCGCCCUCCCAUUCACCGGGUUUGUGGGAACUCUGGGACCCAACGUUUCUACGACGGCCACACGCAUGGGAGACUUGGGCUGGUGUCUUUCCUUUAUUAGCAGCUUUAUCGUUUACUAUGUUCUCUGCCGGAUCUGGCCAACCGAGAACCAAAAGCUCAUCCGGCAGAGCGGCCUCAAGUGGGAGGAGCUUUCCAGUGAUGAAAUCAUGGCCGUUGAUGGAACUGCUAUGGUCGAGGAUGGCUUCGGCAUUCAUACCGAGAACGAGACGGUUAUUUACGAUACCAUGGAUACGAAAGGUGCACGCGGUUGA